GUCCAAUAGAAGAUGAAUCAGGUCGCACAUACUUGCCUGCCGCAUGCUUUUCAAUGACUAAAAAGGAGAAAGAUAUUUUUUACAAAGUCUUAAAAAAUGUAAAAGUUCCAAAUGGGUAUGCUUCGAAUAUUUCAAGAUCUUUCCAGGACAAAGAACAUAAAAUUUCUGGGCUGAAGAGUCAUGACAAUCAUAUUUUGAUGCAACAAUUGCUCCCAUUAGCAUUGCGAAGAGUAUUGCCUAAGCAAGUGCGGUCCCCUUUGAUUAAAUUGUGCAAUUUUUUUAGAGAAUUGUGCGGUAAAGUUCUUCAUGCUCGUGACUUGAUCCGUUUGGAGCAGCAAAUUGCAAUAACCUUAUGUGAGUUAGAAAGGAUUUUCCCCCCAUCAUUUUUUGAUAUCAUGAUGCAUUUACCAGUUCAUUUGGCUACUGAGGCCAAACUUGCGGGGCCAGUUCAUUAUCGUUGGAUGUAUCCCAUAGAGACGUAUUUAGCAACAUUGAAGUCAUAUGUGCGAAACAAAAAUCGUCCCGAGGGUUCCAUUGCGGAAGGAUAUUUGGCAGAGGAGUGUUUGACAUUUUGCUUUAGGUACUUGGAGGAUGUUGAAACGAGGUUUAAUCGAGUGGGUAGAAAUGAUGAUGAGGGUAGUACUGUUGCUGCAAGGUUGUCUAUUUUCUCAACACAAGGACGGCCGUUUGGAAAAGUAGUGAUAGAAACCUUGGAUCAAGAAACGUUAGUGAAGGCACAUCAAUAUGUGUUGUUCAAUUGUGACACGGUAGACAAAUUUUCCAAUCAACACCAGACCAUGACAAGAGAUCAAAAUCCUCGUCUGCAUUUAUGGGAAAUCCAACGUAUGCAUAAUGAAAAGUUUGCAUCAUGGUUUGGAAAUCACAUUCAAGACUUGCAACUUGCAGAGGAUGAACAGCUUUUUGAAGAGCUUAGAGCUCUAGCUCGGGGUCCAGAUGAUGUAGGGAAGAGAUAUAGAGGAUAUCUUAUAAAUGGUUUCAGGUUUCACACACGAGAAGUUGAGAGGAGAAGAAAAUUUCAGAAUAGUGGGGUAGUUGUUACUGCAACAACAAGAAGUUUUUCAAGUGCUAGUGACAAUAAUCCAGUGGCUGGUGAUAUAGCUUACUAUGGCGUUUUGACAGAUGUUAUUGAGUUGAGUUACUUCGGAGGGAGGAAGGUUGUGUUGUUUAAGUGCGACUGGAUGUCAGAAGGCAAAAACAGAAGGCGAGAUGAACAUGGUUUCACUCUUGUCAAUUUUGCACGAUUGGUACAUGCCAAUGAGCCUUUUGUUCUAGCUUCUCAAGUACAACAAGCAUUUUAUGUUGAAGAUCCCCUUGACAAAGGGUGGCAUGUUGUGAUAAGGACAACUGCUAGAGAUGCUUUUAAUAUGAACGCAGAGUCAUGCAUCGAUGAUGUGGAGACGUAUUUGCAGAGUGAGUCAUGUGAUGGUCAAUUGCAAGAUGAUCAAGGUGAUAUCAGUUUGGUUAGAGAAGAUGUGCAGGGAACAACUGUAGACACUAUUGAUGCAACAACAGCUCAAGUGGUAGAAGGCGAUGGAGUUGAGGGGAUUUAGAAUCCAUUUCUAGAUGCUUAUAUGAUGUUUUCAAGAAAUAUGUUGCCUUGCCUUUUCUUUUUAUUCUUGAUAGUAUAUGCUAUUUCGAAGACCUUGAAUUUCAUUUCAGUAGCAUAGUGUUUUACUUCUCUAGUUUUUGCAAGACUGUUUAGCUGAAGUAGAUACUUGUUUUCUCUGCUUUUGUUAAGCACUGAUGCAUGGUUACAUUAUUGCCAUUAAUUAGUUGUGUAGCUUAUCUUGCAACUUCAAACGAUUGAGUUUUAUGAAGGUUUUUU